AUUUUGCGCGAAUUCCCGGAUGAGUUGCGAUGCGAUGUAUCGCUUCAUCUGCACCGAGAGAUCCUAUCGCUGCCCAUCUUCGAGACGGCUCCGCAGGGAUUCCUCAAACUCUUGUCGCUUCACAUUAAAAGCAAUUUCUGUGCGCCCGAAGAGUAUCUGUUGCAUAAGGGCGACGCCCUCUGCAACAUAUACCUGGUGUGUAACGGCUCGAUGGAAGUGUUGAAAGACAAUAUGGUGGUCGCCAUUCUCGGCAAAGGCGAUCUCGUCGGCUGUGAUAUACCCCACAAUCUAGUGCUCGAAGGAGUGAUUAAGUCGACGGCGGACGUGAAGGCGUUGACGUAUUGCGAUCUGAAGAGUAUUCACGUCCCCGGACUCCUCGAAGUGCUCAAACUCUACGCAGAGUUCGCCGAAAUCUUCUGCACCGAAAUCGUUCACGACUUGACAUCCAAUCUCCGCGAAGGCUAUGACAACGAGUUGGAGAGCGGUCUGCAAACGGCUCACUCACUGACACUGCCAUCCAUUUCGGAAGACGACGAGAACAACGACGACGACGACGACGAACACGAGAACAGGGAUGAUAGCGACGACAGCGGUUCGCCGCCGCAAUCACCGCCCGCCUCCUCAGCCGUCAAUGCCUUCAGUAGUCACAGUCCGUGGGAACACAAGACCAACAACGAGAACGUCCCGAUGCUAUCCAAUCGGCGCUCACACAUAACGCCCAGAAUUAAUUUCAUCAAAAAUAUACGAAUGUCAUCAUCGAUGUCGUCGGCCGACAGCGUCGACGUCAAGGAUCAGCUCAAAGUCACUCAGUCUGGUGUCGAAGAGCUCGACACUAAAUUAUCUCAUCUGACGGAAGACGUGGACAAAGUGAGUCACGACAUGAAGACAAUGAUGUUUAUACUCCAAAAGAUAUUGCAUUUCAAUGAGGAAACGAAUCAUCAAACGGAACCCAAUCUGAAUCAGUCGUGGGAUUCAAUGCCCAAUAAAACGACUGUUCGGUUGAAUAACAUAAACAAUUUAUGUCAACCACUGCUCAAAGAGACACACAGACUGUCUCUCAACACAUCCAAUAUCUGUGGUGCAAAAUAUUUCAAUAAGACUUCUACGGGAACACAAACCGAUCGAUCACUAUUGGAUGAUCUCUUAUGCAAGUGGGCUAACACUGACUCUGGUUCGCCUCCACCCAAUUCAGGCUACAGUUCCAGUUCAUCGCAUGAGGAGAGGAUGCGAUUCAUGACUGGCAUCAGCCACUGUUCGCGCAUCGAUGUGGACAACGAGAGCAACUCGGAUGACAGUGUGCUGAAGAACUCGUUGACAAUCCAAUCGCUGACCUCAUCGCGCGAUGUCUCGCCAUUCAAGCCGUCGCGAAACAGUUGGAACACUGCGUCCAAUGAGAACUUUGUCAGUCCAUUGCCUUCUCCCCGGCCAUCGGUGGCCAACCAAAGCCAACACCAAACCAGUGAUACACAAACUCAGUGCACAAUUACUAUUGACGAUAACGUCAAUACAGUACACAAUCAAACCAAUCGACUAAAGCUAUCGACAGAAUUAUAGAUUAAAUGAAUUCAUU